UCGCCAUCCUGAGCUGUCAUCAUUUCGGAGUUGCUCUUGCUCUUGCUAGUUGUCAAAGUAAAAAGGGAAGACAGAAAAAAGCAAAUUGGAUAUUUUCCCCCGCAAAUGUGUGUGAUAGUUUAGUAUAACCUCCCAUCCUAAAUAAAAACAUUUUUAAUAAUUUAAUUAAUUAAAAAUAAUUUCAAUAGUGCUAUAAUUUCAUCCAAGAUGACAAGAGCAAGCAUUGAACUUGGCGAUGUCACCCCACAUAACAUCAAACAACUAAAGAAGCUCAACACAGUUGUCUUCCCAGUAUCGUAUAACGAUAAGUUCUACAUCGAUGUGCUCGAAGCUGGAGAACUCGCUAAAUUGGCAUACUACAACGACAUCGUAGUUGGGGCGGUUUGCUGUCGCAUCGACACUUCCGAGAACCAGAGGAGGCUCUAUAUUAUGACGUUGGGAUGUCUCUAUCCUUACCGCAGACUAGGCAUUGGUACUGUCAUGUUCAAUCACAUUCUCAAUUAUGUGGAAAGCGAUGGAAACUUUGACAGUAUUUUUCUACAUGUGCAAGUCAACAAUGAUGGAGCUAUUGCAUUUUACAAGAAAUUCGGCUUUGAAAUUGUCGAAACAAAACAACAUUACUACAAGCGCAUUGAGCCAGCGGACGCACAUGUCUUACAAAAGACUAUCAGGCAGAAUCUAAGUCCUCCUACAAGCAAUAACCACGAUGCUACACAGACAAAUGGGUUCGACAAAAAAGAAAAAAAGGCAUAAUUAUGAGCGUUUCGAAAAUAUCAUCAACACCUUGAAACAGAAACUAUUUCGAGGCACGUACUAUAUUUUGCUAAUUUAAAAACAAAACAAAAAAUAUACCUAUAAACAAAAACCAUGUGUAAGCGGGUUUAAUUUUACAUCAACAAAAUUUAAGUUAAAAAAAAAGAAAUUAAACUACCAAUAAGAAAAACAAGCAAACAAAUAUGUAACAAUAUACAAACAAAAAAAAUCAUCAACUUAAAUAAAAUUUCAACUUAAAAAUGCCAA